CCUCAUUUUAUUUGAUGAGAAGGAAGACGGAAAACAGCGUAGAAGAUCCACGCUCAGAGAUAACGCUUAAACGACGACGAUCGCCACCGCCACACCACCACCAGGAACGGCAAUAAACCGGCACUCUGGACGUGCUCCGUCGCAGUCAUGGCACUCAAUCUCCGGCAAAGACAAUACGAAUGUGUUGCGAGAAUGUUGAAUCUGAACCAGCCGGUUAAUUCAAGUGGAACAGCGAAUGAAGAUGUUUACAAGAUUUUGAUUUAUGAUAAAUUCUGCCAGGAUAUUCUAUCUCCUCUGAUCCAUGUUAAAGAUCUCCGCAAGCACGGUAUUACUCUUUACUUCCUUAUCGAUAAAGACCGUAAGCCUGUUCACGAUGUACCUGCCGUAUACUUCGUCCAACCGACUCAGCUGAAUAUCCAGCGAAUUGUGGUCGAUGCUUCUCGGUCACUCUACGAUACCUUCCACCUCAAUUUCUCUUCAUCGAUUCCUCGACCGUUGCUUGAGGAUCUCGCAUCAGGAACUCUAGGUUCAGAUUCAAUUCAGAGGAUCUCUAAGGUACACGAUCAAUACUUGGAGUUUGUUACACUAGAGGAUAAUUUGUUUUCCCUUGCCAAUAAACAAUGCUAUGUUCAAUUGAAUGAUCCGUCAGCUGGUGAUCGGGAAAUUGAGGAAAUUAUUGAGAAAAUCGUCAGUGGUUUGUUUUCUGCCCUUGCAACCCUUUCUGUAGUUCCUAUAAUCAGAUGCCCUAGGGGUGGUGGUCCUGCUGAAAUGGUUGCUUCUCUGUUAGAUCAGAGGUUACGCGAUCAUCUGUUAGCAAAGAACAAUUUAUUCACUGAAGGUGGUAAUCUUUCCAACUCAUUCCAGAGGCCGAUUCUAUGUAUAUUCGAUAGAAACUUUGAGUUAUCAGUAGCCAUACAACACGAUUUCAGGUAUAGACCACUUGUUCAUGAUGUUCUUGGCUUGAGGCUUAAUAGUCUCAAUGUGCAAGGUGAGAAAGGUGGAAUGAAAUCCUACGAACUCGACAGUUCUGAUCCAUUUUGGGCUGAAAAUGGUUCACUCGAAUUUCCAGAAGUUGCUGUUGAGAUAGAAACACAACUGAACAAGUACAAGAAGGAUGUUGAAGAAGUCAAUAGAACUGGCGGGUCUGAAUUCGACUGUCCGGAUUUGAUCGGAAACACUAAGCAUUUGAUGAAUGCAGUCAAUUCAUUGCCAGAGUUAACUGAUCGUAAACAGGUGAUCGAUAAACAUACAAAUAUAGCCACGUCAUUGCUCGGGGAGAUCAAGGAGAGAUCCCUUGAUUCCUUUGCGAAAAAGGAGAACGAUAUGAUGAUCAAAGGAAACAUAGACAAAGCCGAGCUUCGAGCCGUUCUCAAAGGAAAAGGAACAAACAUAGAUAAGCUACGAUUCGCUAUCAUGUAUCUGAUAUCAUCCGAAAACAUCCCUCAAUCCGAAGUAGAAUUGGUUGAAACUUCGCUAAAGGAAUCAGAAAUCGACACUAGCGCAUUUCAUUACGUUAAAAAGAUGAAAUCGUUAAAUCUGUCUUUAUCUUCGUCGGUUAAUUCAGCAAGUAAAACGAACAUUGUGGAUUGGGCAGGAAAGCUAUAUGGGCAAUCGAUAAGUGCGGUUACUGCAGGUGUAAAGAAUUUACUAUCCAGCGAUCAUCAAUUGGCAUUGUCUAGAACAGUUGAGGCUUUAAUGGAAGGAAAACCAAAUCCUGAGAUUGAUUCUUAUCUCGUAUUUGAUCCUCGAGCUCCAAAGUCGAAUUCUGGAACAAGUGGGAGCGGUUAUUUGAAGGGACCGUUUAAGGAAGGGAUUGUGUUUAUGAUUGGAGGUGGAAACUAUGUGGAGUAUGGAAGCUUACAAGAGCUUGCGAAUUCGCAGCAAUCUGUAAAACGGGUCGUUUAUGGAACGACUGAAAUGUUAACGGGUGGUGAAUUUGUGGAGCAACUCGCAUUGUUAGGUAAGAAAAUGGGAUUAGGCGGCAACUAAUUUGCAGGUUGAAUUGAAACAAUCUAUAUGGUGUUUUUACAAAUUGGGGUUAUUUGAAAAUCUUGAUAUGUUUUUGGUUAGAAACAAGAU